AGCGAACUUCAUUUUCUUGAUUUGAGGUCAGGUCUUAGUUUCAAAUGGAAGCUCCAGAUAGCAACAGUCCGACCAUUCCCAACAGUGGCAAUUCGAUAGCAUUGUCGACGCCCGUGUGGCCGACGAUCGACGGUCCACUGGGUCUGACGGAGGACGAGUCGUUGAGCUACGCUCGUAAAUUCUAUUACUUUGGAUUCGCCCUUUUGCCCUUGCUUUGGGGCGUCAACUGCUUCUACUUCUGGCCCGUUCUCCGCCACUCUCGUGCUUUCCCUCGUCUCCGUCACUAUGUUGUUGCAUCAGCAGUUGGGUUUUCAGUCUCAGUAGUUCUUUUAUCCACAUGGGCGUUGACAUUUGCUAUCGGAGGAGAGCACCUCUUUGGCUCUGUUUGGGGUAAUCUACUCAUGUAUAAUCUUGCUGACCGAUUAGGCUUGACCAGUUGGAGCUAGUCACAAAUCCUUGUUGCAAGCUUCAUCGCUUCAAAAGCUCAUUUUCCAUUGAAUUGUAUAGGCCAUCAUCAAAUAUAAUCUGUUGUUGGAACCAUCUAUUAUGCUUCAUACUCAUUUUUUUGAAGCUAACACUAAGUUCAAUAGCGAAAAAGAAUGUAUCAAUGUGAUCCCUACCUUUAUAUGUCUGGUUUCUCCAGUUCGUAAAUGUUGUUUUGUCAAUAAGGGUGUAGAAUGCAGCGAAAAAGCUUGAUGAGGAAUUAGAUUCUCAGAGAGUCGAUAAAGACCCGGUGUCAGUACGUUCUGGUAUGAAAUGGAUUUUUCCAUUUAUGUGAUCAAUGAUGCAAAAUGCGUGAAUUGCCAGCUAAGCCAGGCAAAAAUGUUUUUAAGCAAA